AUGCCAAAGGCGCUUCCAAAUCGGAGGUCUAGUUAUCGAACUAGACCAUACAGUAAUUGGAGUGUGACUUACAGCCCGCCGCAUCAACAAACAUCCUUCGACCCCUACAUCGAUACAAAGGAUGAAACCCAGAAUUCCGAAAUCGUGCAGCCCGCUACUCAAGUUGGGGAAUGUGCCCCUGACGAGAUCACGAAGCCCGCUCAAAACGUCGCCCACCAGGAGAAUCAUACCACUGAUCCCGCUGACAACGUCAAUACUUGGGCUAACCAGCCGCCCCGUGGCCCCCGUUACGGGCCCUGGAGACGCCCCUACUACGAUAGCUAUCGACCCCCCCGCGACAUAACCCUGGUGGACAGUAUGGUCCUCCAGUCUGUCGGUCGUGCCGGAAGUCGUGCCCCUCCGGGACUUGCUAUUCACAGCAACAGCCGUGGUGGUGGUAUUCAGUGCGAUGUUUUCACCAAGGUGCCCAGCACCUCAAAGACCAUCGCCUUCCGCGUGGAGAGUGAAGAAACUCUCAUCCAAGCCUACCGCCAGGUCAAAUCAAUGAACCCCUCUGCCUCUGUUGGCGGGAUCAUGUUCAGUGUGGCGCCGAAAGCUGACUCUCCCUUCACUGAGAUCGAUAAUGUCCGCUGGGGAUCCCUCACUGGGCGUCGUAGCUUCAGUUCCAGGUUUACAACUGCCGCAGCACGAUCUUUUCGAAAUGGAAGAUCCUGGACCUUCGAUGUUUGA